AUGGAUCACACACGCGACCCCUGCCCCUGGGUCAUUCUCAAUGACUUUGGCGGUGCCUUUUGCAUGGGUGCCGUCGGUGGCACAAUCUGGCACGGUGUCAAAGGGUUCAGGAACAGCCCGUACGGCGAGCGGAGGUUGGGUGCCAUCACAGCGAUCAAAAUGCGCGCUCCGGUAUUGGGAGGCAACUUUGGUGUGUGGGGUGGCAUGUUCAGCACAUUUGACUGCGCCGUCAAGGGGUUGAGGAAAAAGGAAGACCCGUACAAUGCGAUUAUUGCUGGGUUCUUCACAGGUGGUGCGCUAGCUAUUCGAGGUGGAUACAAGGCGGCCCGAAACGGUGCCAUUAGUUGUGCCAUCUUGCUGGCCGUCAUUGAAGGUGUCGGGAUCGGGUUCCAGAAGAUGUUUGCGGGGGCCACGAAGCUCGAGGCCCCGCAAGCACCUUCGACAGGCGAACAAGUUCUCGCUUAA